CUUUUCGGCACAAAUCUUGCUCUCGUAAACCAACCAAACCGCCUCUAAAGACAGUUUUGUUGGUUUAUUAGUGUAAAAAUAUUUUGGGCAUUGAAAGUAAAAGUUUGCUUCGUUAUUGCAGAUACAGCUAUCGAUCAUGCCUCUAUUGAAGAUAUGGAGUGCGGAUCACACAAUAAAAAAGAUGAUCACCGCUGAAACAAUGGCUGAUGUUAUCGAGAAAGCAGAGGAAUACGGGAUCUGCAACUCAUGCAGUGCAAAGGUGUUUCUUGUUGAUUGGACGGAACUUGACGAAACAGUAUUCCAAGAAGUUGUUGCUCAGCUACCAAUGGACCAGAGGAUUUUCAUUGUUGCAGAAAUUGUGCCACCUGCAAGUCCUCCUGUGCAAGACGUCCCAGAAUCAAACAGUACACCUGUACGAGAGCCAACCAGUGACAUCAACAUCCAUGUAUCGACAGAGAAGCUUCCCAAAGAUCUUCAGGGCGCAUUGAGUACAGCAGCAUCUCCUCUUCACCCUAAACAUCGAAGGGAACUAGUCCGUUGUGUUGUUGACCAAAUGCUAGCUUGUGUGCUCUAG